AUUAAUGCACUUGUUACAUAAACAAGAUGUACGAAAACAAUCAUCACAAAUCGAAAUUAUAAUUUAAAGCUAUAAAAUAUGUCUCAAGUCGAAGAAAGAGCAAGCCAGCUAAAAAACGAAGCGCAAAAGAAGCUGUCGUCACGCGGCAUCUUGCAGUUCUUAUUCGGUUCAAGUAGAACUGAGCAGGCCAUAGACUGCUUCCAACGCGCCGGAAAUUUAUAUAAAAUGUCCAAAAAUUGGAGAGAGGCCACCGGCGUUUUUAACGAAGCGGCGCAUUUGAGUUUAAAGAGGGGCUACGAAUUUGAAGCUGCUAAUGGAUACAUUAAUGCCGCCAAAUGCUGCAAACAAUAUGAUGUAACUGAAGCUAUUGGAAUCAUGCUUAGGGCUAUUGAUAUAUUCGUGGGAAUGGGAAAAUUUAUGGUGGCAGCAAGGCACCAUCAAACCAUCGCUGAACUAUACGAAAAUGAGCAAAUGAACGUGCCAAAAGCUCUGGAACACUACGAAAUAGCGUCCGAAUAUUAUAAAAUGGACGACAACUUCGCAUCGGCAAAGGCGUGCUUAAUAAAAGUGGCCGAUCACAGUUCAUUGAAGGAGAACUACAAAAAGGCCUCCGAAAUUUUCAAACAAAUCGCAGACUAUGAGUUAUCCUGUGCAAUAUUGAAGUUGAGUGCCAAAGAUCAUUUUUUCAAAUCAAUUUUGUGUAAAUUUUGCAUGGAUGAGAAUGGACCCAGAUUGAUAGAACAAGUUAAAAACUUCGCCAGUCGAUGUCCGUUAUUCGAAGGGGGUAAAGAACAUCAACUUAUUUUAACAAUCAGCGAUUGUAUAAAUGAAUUUGAUGUGGCCAAAUUUGAAGAAGCAGUUAAAAACUUUGAUACGACGACGAGACUUUCUACUUGGCAUGUCACUAUGCUGCUCAGGAUUAAACGGGGAAUCAUCGAAGAGUUGGAUCUACGCUAAAAUUGUUAAAAAUAUCUAUAUCUCAAUUUGUUUCCUUAAUAAAUAUCUUUAUUAUUUA